UUCCCAUCAUUCUUGGUGUGUGCUUCCGGAGGUCAUUGUUUAUUCAUAUACCCAAGGCGCAUUUCGCCAUCUUGAUCCUUGCGACGCAAAUCCUUCUGGAUUCCAACAAAGCUGUCGUUUCUUGUGCCCAUGGCUCUUCCGUUCAUCCUUGGCCUUCUCUGUGCAGAUGCUUCCCAAUGAUUGUCAUCAGAAGAGGGAUGGAUUAAUCAGUAGGGCCGUGUCAUUGCCAAUCCAAGUAUCCGUUCAUUUGCAAGAACAGCUCAUGUCAAUGCUCGCCGCUCAUCAUUGGUGGAGACAGUCUGACCUUCAUCGCGCUGAUUAUUGGAUAACGGCGCUUUUUCACUAAAGAAAUUGGAUCGUACAUUAUACUAGUUCCUGACCACUUCAUCUUCUUCAGACUUACUGUCUCUGAAAAUACCGUCUCUGAACUGCUGUGCCAUUCAGUAAAACUCAGACAACUUUGAACAGCGUAACAAAUAGGAACCGCCACCAGUUACGACUGCGACAGCAUUUUGAUUGCUGAAACAACCCAACAUUAUGUGAUCCUAGUGCCAGCAAGCAUUCAUAUUUCAAAUCAUCAUUAGAACCAAGCCAAAGUUUAGUGAGGUACUCUGAGAAUCUUCCUUGUGUAAUGGCGAGAUAGAGGUGACAUCCUCUGACCAAGCUCCCCCCCUCAUAAUCUCAAGCAUGUGCAGGCAGCCACCUACUCAAUUCCCCUCAAUUAAACUAAACCGAGAAGCAAAAUGUGAUAGCCCUUUAAAUCACAAGGGGCACAUGGUGCCGAGGGACUGCUACUACUGCAACAGCUCAUCUUCAGAGACACAAGAGGCACAAGAACAAGCCUGAAGAAGGAAGAAGACGACGGCGGCGAUGGGGUGCCGGUCCUGCGAGAAGCCCAAGAUGAACUACCGGAAGGGGCUGUGGUCACCUGAGGAGGACCAGAGGCUCAGGGACUACAUCCUCAAGCAUGGCCUUGGUUGCUGGAGUGCUGUUCCUGCAAAGGCUGGUCUCCAGAGAAACGGCAAAAGCUGCCGCCUGCGUUGGAUCAACUACUUGAGGCCCGGAUUGAAACGUGGAAUGUUCUCUCAGGAGGAGGAAGACGUCGUCAUCAACCUUCAAGCCAAGCUGGGCAACAAGUGGUCGCAGAUUGCGAUGCAUCUGCCCGGGAGGACCGACAACGAGGUGAAGAACUACUGGAACUCGUACCUGAAGAAGAGGGUGAUGCAGGCCCAGGGCGGCUCCAACCCCAAGAGCCCAGCCGAGCUCACCUCCAUGAGCACCACCGAGCCGACCAUGUCCAUGUCCAUGUCCAUGCACCACCACCACGUCAAGAACUGCAGCGGCAGCACCGCGACGUCGCACGACCAAGACGCCAACAUCAGCAGCAACGGCCUCUCAGGCCCUGCGCCCCUGGCCCAGCAGCCGUUCGAUCACCAGGCGCAGCAGCAGCAGCCCAAGAACUUCGUCUUCUCCGACUGGGUGCCCGCGCCGGAGAGCUACUCGGUGUCCGCGCACUGGCCCGCCUCCACGGCGAGCUCCGGCAACGUGACGCCGUCGCACGGCGGCGCCUUCGGGGAUCAGAUUAGCGGCAGCUACGGCGCGCUGCCGCCGCACCAGGACCACCAGGCCGGCGUCGGCAGUCAUGGCGCCACCGCCACAGGCAUUGCAGGCAGCGGGUACUUUGAUCUGCUCAACAUGGGGGACAUCUACGGGGGGUUCAGCUCGACGAACGAUGAUCUGCUCUUCUGAACGGAUGGUGUGGGAGGUGGUGUCAUGUGAACAGUGUUUGUGUUGUGCAUGAGUGUAAGCAAGAAAUGCCGCGGUAUACUUGUUCGAUUUGAUUCUUCUUUUGUCAGAAUUAAUUGUGAUGUAGAGAACACACCCUAGGCUGGACAUAAUUCUUUGGUUUCUUCCUUCAAUAAAAAUGCGUAUCAAUCUGUUUGUGCAAGUGCAAAUGUGAGUUAGUCACGUAUGCUUCUGGCAGGACUUUCCAGUGUAAAGAGGCCAUUAUUUAAUAUACUUAUCAUUGCUUCUCA